AUGUCGACUAAUGAGGAACUAUUAGCUCACAUCCAGGCUUUGACAGCCAAUCAAAGCUCUUUGAUCGAAACUAUCAACGCUUUAAAACAAAAAGCAGACGAUCCGUUUGUUCAAUUCAAGACACCGGAUCCAAUAAAAAACUUAACGACAUUCAGCGGUAAUAAGCGCGAAACACAAGCUUGGUUGGAAGACGUGGAAAGCCAGCCAAUUUACCCACAGUUCGUGAGAGCCGUGAAAACAAAAAUUAUCGGAGAAGCGAAGGAAAUUAUUAUCGCCUCCGGGAAUCCAAAUUCAUGGGAAGACAUCAAAGAUGCCCUCCUAAACUCGUACGGCGAUCGUCGCGAUCUGAUAUCGCAUAUACAAUCGCUGUUUUACGCUAAAAAAGACCCGACUAACACAAAGUUCACGUACGCUGAUGAACAGAUAAAAUAUAACAGAGAAGACGUCGAAGUUACCGACGAAUUUCUCAACGCUUAUGAAAGAACUGCUCUUAAGAAUAUUCUAAACCAUUAUUCGGAUAUUAUUUAUGCGGAAGAACAAAAGUUGAGUUUCACCCACAGUAUCAAACAUAAAAUUAGAACCAUAGACGAUAUGUCAAUCCACACUAAGUCUUACCGGUAUCCCCAAAUUUAUGAAGAGGAAGUACAGAAUCAAGUGCAGAAGCUGCUUAGAGAUGGAAUUAUUUCAGAGUCUAUUUCCCCCUAUACAUCGCCAAUUUGGAUCGUACCGAAAAAGGCCGAUGCAUCGGGAACAAAAGAAAUUCGACUGGUUAUCGACUACCGGAAGCUGAAUGAGAAGACAAUCUCAGAUCGCUACCCAAUUCCCGAGAUAACGGAAAUUCUUGAUAAAUUAGGCAAAGCCAUAUAUUUUUCAACUAUCGAUCUAGUCUCCGGAUUUCAUCAGAUCCAGCUGGACGAGAACGAUAGAGAAAAGACGGCAUUUUCAAACAAUGGCGGGAAGUAUGAGUUUACUAGAAUGCCAUUCGGGCUAAAAAUGCGUCCGCAACAUUUCAAAGGAAAAGAAAAGUUCUGUUUUAAGAUUUGUUAUGCGUAUUCCUUUUUAUUUUACUUACAGGUUUUAGCAAUAGCUCGGUAUCAGCGUCAUCGCAUCGCCUCAGCUAUACUUGAAGUCACGUUAUCUGCUCAGCUGACAAUUACUCAUCAUCGGAAUCCUUUCGGCAGUUCUAACUUCAAUCUUGUCAGUCAACCACCUGGUAGCCAAAAAUUGUACACUAAUAGUCCAAUGUCCAAUAUAUUUCAACUGGUCGGGUCUAUUUUAAUAGUUUAUUGUCCAUAUUACAUUUGUAUUUUAUGGACCAAUAUUAUCAAUGCUUUAUGUGGAGAUCAAGGUUUGUAUACAGGAUUAAGUGGAUUUGGGAAGAUUGAGAUGAAGAUACCAAAGAUUAUAUUACAAAUUUCGGUAAUUUUGCUUACUCUAUCUCCAUCAGUAAAUGCCUUUUUUUAUGGAAUUAGGAAUAAAAAUAUUAAAAAAUCAUUUUAUAACAUCUGGCGAAAGCAAAAAUCAAAGUUAGCAAUCCAAUACGAAAUUCAAGCGCGCACUCCAUCCACGUGUGGAUCUAGGAGACCGUCGAUUAGUGGUACAACCUCAUCGCAGCCAUUGUUACAGGAGCAACUUUCAGGAACCUUUCUUGAAAUUAGUAAAACUAAUAUUGAUAAUCCUCAGACAACUUGUAAUGUAAGAUCGGAGUUAUCGUGGUCUUCGAACUGUAGAUCAUCGAGUUAUUCGGUAGUAAACUACUCACCAGAAGACUUAAAAUAUCUAACUGUUGGAACUAGGAACACUAGUGUUCCGAAAUUUGAUCGUUUACCUUCCAAUUUUACACAAUUGUCACAAAAAAUUGGUAGACUAUCAAUGAUAACGUGUCAUCAAAGGCGUAUUGUUAGGCGUUACUCACCGUUUGGAUCCAAACCAAAAAUCACAAUAGUUAAAACAAUCUCAGAAGAGAAACAAAUUUCAUUCGAUCACGAGUAUGCACCAGGUAAUGUUAAAACUGUACAAACCAAAUCUGACACAAAGCCUUCUCAAUUCUCUGAGUUGAAUACAAUUCGCCCAACAUCGUUCAGAAAAUAUUCGUCAUUGCAAGGAAUGAUACUUACCGGUUCGUCUACCCUCGAAAGUGAUGUUUAAAGUGAACAAUACAUAGGAGAUGCUUGCUUGUGAACAAUAUUAAAGUCUAAAAUAUGUAAAUAAAUGUU